AUGGCCGACCAGCUGACUGAGGAGCAGAUUGCGGAGUUCAAGGAGGCCUUCUCCCUGUUCGACAAGGAUGGCGAUGGAACCAUCACCACCAAGGAGACUGCAGUAGACACCGACACGGAGGAAGAGCUCAUCGAGGCAUUCAAGGUCUUCGACCGCGAUGGCAACGGCUUCAUCAGUGCCGCCGAGCUGCGGCACGUGAUGACCAACCUGGGUGAGAAGCUCACGGAUGAGGAGGUCGAUGAGAUGAUCCGUGAGGCUGAUGUUGAUGGUGACGGCCAGAUCAACUAUGAGGAGUUCGUGAAGAUGAUGAUGGCCAAGUGCCAAACGAAGCUGGACCGAGGCGUGCGUUUCCGCUGCUUUGGCUUAGCUUCAGCUCGAGAGGAGCAGAUUGCGGAGUUCAAGGAGGCCUUCUCCCUGUUCGACAAGGAUGGCGAUGGAACCAUCACCACCAAGGAGCUGGGCACCGUGAUGCGCUCUCUGGGCCAGAACCCGACGGAGGCCGAGUUGCAGGACAUGAUCAACGAGGUCGACGCCGAUGGAAACGGCACCAUUGACUUCCCCGAGUUCUUGUCUUUGAUGGCCCGAAAGAUGAAGGACACCGACACGGAGGAAGAGCUCAUCGAGGCAUUCAAGGUCUUCGACCGCGAUGGCAACGGCUUCAUCAGUGCCGCCGAGCUGCGGCACGUGAUGACCAACCUGGGUGAGAAGCUCACGGAUGAGGAGGUCGAUGAGAUGAUCCGUGAGGCUGAUGUUGAUGGUACGGGCCUCAGACUCGGGUGA